GAAGAUCCGGAAGUGAUCGAACGGGUCCGUUGCGUCAUUCCGGAUGCGCACGUCUUCAAGUUGCCUCCGCGUCAAACUGCUGGAGGUUGGCGGGGAGCCGAUUGGGAUCAGGAAGUCUGGCAGGGAACGCUCAAGGUGGUGGAACGUGGUGCGUUGACGGUGAUUCUACUCACGGACAAGACCACGCACGCCAUCUUUGCCGUCUGUCCCGUCAAGGAAGGAGCCGUGGAUCGCUGUGUCGACAGCAGUCGCUACUUUGUCCUGCGAGUGGAGAACGCCGCGGGUCGCCACAUGUUCAUUGGACUCGCCUUUAACGAGCGGAAUGACGCCUUUGACUUCAACACGUCUUUGGAAGACUCUCGGCGAGAGAAAGAAGCCGAGGCGAAUCCGGAAGAAGGGACGGACUCGGGACCGCCCAAGGAUUACAGCAUGAAGGACGGGGAGAAAAUUCAUAUUUCCGUAUCCAAGGUG